CCACCGGAGCUCGUUGAGAUAAGUGCAUCUAUUGUAAGGAUUUGAACAAAAGGUUAUUUCUGACGAAAAUAACUAUCUGUUCCAUUGAAAUUCCGUGUAUACGAAGGUUUAUGAUUUAUAAGAAAUCACACAAAAAGUACUUUCUGGUUGAAAAUGUUGCUUAGUUAUGUUUAACACUAUUCCUGUGAUUAAAAUGAACUUUUAGCAAGUGUCCUGACGUCAGCAAAGAUGUCCGACGGAAGUGCCAACAUAAACAGUCUGAGUUAGAGGUAGCUUCAAAAAAUCAGAAACACCAUGAGUUGGUGGGAAGCAGCAGGGUUUUCCAACCUUGCCCAACAGGCUCUGAAAACUGCUCAGAAGAAAAUUGACAAGGUGCUUGAUAUACAGGAAGAAGAUGGAGAAUUAGAUGACACAAAGGGUCUUGCAUCAUCUCCAAAAAAGGCAUCUUCUCAGUCCAAGAAAACUAGUCAAGAAGAUAAUUUUUGGAACAGUUGGUCCAGCUCCACUAUUUCACAGAAAACUGAAAACAAGGACUCGGACAAAAAAUCCCAGCAGUGGAAACAAUGGAACUGGUGGAAAGAUGAUAAGGAUAGCGCUGGUAAAUUUGACAGUCAUCAGACAAGCUCUGAGUCUGUCAUAGAGGAAGAACAGAAAUCAGAAAGCCUUGAAAACUUAAGUGAAGCUUCAUCCCCAAAGUCACUUUCUGUUGGACCUAAGUCACCAACAAGAAAGAGUACUGCUUUAAAGCUGGGGGCUAAAAAGAAAGCACAAUAUGCUAAAAGCCAGGUGCAACAGAGUGACGGCACAAGUUCUGUAUCUAUGGAACAGGUAAAUGCUGCAGAGGAAAUGUUGAAUUUUGUUGAUUCUGGAAAGGAAACCCUGUCAGAGACUACAGAAACUGAGAAAAGAACAGAUGAAAUCACAGAACACAAACAAAGUGUGAUUGCUGCAGAGGAAAACAAUGAGUUAGCUGAAGUACCUGCAAAGCCUCAGCAGAUAGGCGAGUGGAUGGAUAAGUGCUUAGAUUACACUGACAGUACAAGUGAAAAUGAUGUGAAAAAAUCAGUUGAAAAUUUUGAAGAUGCUACUGAUGUGACAGAAGAAAAGAAUGUGAGUGAGGAAAAAAUAGGGGAGUCUGAUGGUCCAUCAGAAAAUAUUGAAGGUGUUAAUUUUGGUGAAAAUGUAAUAGUGGGUGCUUUAAAGACUGAUACACAUGUAGGAAGCAAUGAAGAAUUGCAGACAGCUCAAGAAGAAAAGACGGACGUUGGUUUCUCUGAAACUUUACCAAUUGAUCAGAGUGAUGAUCAGAAUGAAGUGAAAGACAGUGGUGAUGUAUCAAACACUGAUGCCAUGGCACAGGCUGUUUCAGAAAUACUGGAGACUAAUCAGGAGAAAGAUAAGGAACAAGAAUUUUUAAUGGAAGACAUCUCAGUAAAUGACCAGAUACCACAAGAAGAUGAGCCCAAGAAAGAUAACACAGAAAUGGAUUCCAACAGAGACACUGCAGGAGCAGGAAAUGCUCUAUGUGUAGAUAAAACAGAGGAGAAGAGUGUACCAAAGAGUGAAUCUGGCUCUGAGACUGUUGAUGUGGAAAAGGUAACUGAGUCUUCAGUUGUGAAAGAGGAUAGUUUAACAAACAACGGACUGGAGAGUAUUUUAAGAGAUCAUUCCACAAGCUCUGUAUCUACAAGUAGCGAUACAUCAAGCACCAUCACUGUUUAUCACAAUAAUGAACAGAAAGAUUCCUCAGACAGUAGUAAUAGCAUUUUUUCUGACGUCACAUAUAUUAAAGUAAAGGAAACUGAAGAAAGUCUCUGUGGGAGUGACGGCAUGGUUAAGGGUGCUGCUGAAAAGGAAGGAUAUAUUCCAAGUGUUGAAAAGGAGGUGAACCUCCCAGAAGGAGAAAGUUCCAAAUUGGAAGAAAAUCAGAAAGCAGAAUUGGAUACAUCAGAGGACACAGUUACUGUGGAAAAUUUGUCCAUUUCUGAAACUAAAAAUGAGAGUGUACCUGUAGAUUGUGAAGAAAGUGAUAAGCAAACUGAGGCUACCACAAUGGCACAGUCUAUGGUGUCAUCUUCUAGUAGUUCUUCCUUUGUUAAAUGUAUGAUUGAUGAUGCAAUGGCAGAGAGCACCAAAACAGAGGAUUUGGAAUCACCAUUGUCCAGUGAAAAGUCUGACCUUGUGAAAGUAGAAUCCAGUCAGAAUAGUGGGCAUACUUCUGGGGAUGAAAUGGAUACCACUAAUUCUUCAGACAUUGAAAUCUUGUCCAUACCCACACCCAACGGAGAUGGAAAGGAAAAACCAUUUGAUUUGUCCCCACUGCGACAAGCUUUGAGCAGGAGUGUGAGAAGCAUGGUUCCUGGACAUCGCCGCAAUGACAGCCAUGACAGUUGUAGCUCUAAUGACAGACAGAGCCCAGAAAAUCUAGACAGACUGGAUUUGCUGGCAGGCAAGAACCCUGACAAAAGGCAUGGUUCAAGUAAAGGUUUUUCAUCAGAUGAAAGUGAAGAUCCUUAUCAUCCUCAAAAGCUUUUAAAGUCAAUAGACCCUAACCUUCCCAAUGCUGAACUGGCCAAGAAACUAGCUGAAACUGCAGAAAUUUUAGAAGCAAGAGAGAACAAGCUGCUUCAGCAAAGCAAGGAAAACAUGGACCUGUCAGAAGAAAAUUCUAUUUUGAGAAACCAACUGCAACAAAUGCAGAAAUCUCAUGAAGAGGAGUUGACAGAUGUGACAACACUGUCAGAAGAGUUUGGACACAGACUCACUGAAAUGGAAAAGAAGCUGCAGGCAGCUUAUAAGGAAAGAGACAAUAUGAAGAGGCAGUUGACAUCAGCUGAAGAGGAGCUGAAGAAAAAGAUCCGUGACCGUCAGACAAUACAGUUAAUGAAGGAGAAGGAUGAGCAAAUUGCUGAGCUGUUGGAGGAGGGUGAAAAAUUAUCAAAACAACAGCUUCAGAGCAAUAAUAUCAUCAAGAAGCUGAGAGCCAAAGAAAAAGAGAGUGAGAGCUUGAUUAAGUCAAAAAAGCAAAAAGUUGAAGAGCAAGCAAAUGAGAUAUCUCAUCUAAAAGAAGUGCUAGAUUCUAAAGAAGUUUUGGAAAAGAAACAGACAGAUGCAAUCAAUCAACUGAAUGCAGCAGUUCAGAAGCAGGAAAAAGAGAUUUGGAAAUUAAAGAGCGAGUUAGAGGAUGCAGCAGAGAAGAACAGAAGUUUACAAUCAAUUUUAGACAGUUCCUACAAGGAAAUAGUAGAAUUGAAGAAAGCCAAUAUUGCCAAAGAAAGUCAAGCACAAGAGCUGGCACUGAGUACAGAGAUGCAAGCAAAAGAAGAACUAAGACUCAACUUAGAGAAGCAGCAGCAGCAAGCCAAGCUAGAGAAUGAAUCACUGAUGAUGCAGGUGGAAGACUUGAGACUUGGUCUGUCUAGAAUGGAAAAGGAGUAUGGUAGAAGAGAGGAUAUGUUGCGCCAAGAAAUAUCAGAUGCACAUCAGAGACUGCAAGAGGCAGAAAGCAGAAACAAUACACUCACGCAGAGUGUCAGUGUAGCUACAAGACCCUUGUUACGACAAAUUGAAAAUCUGCAGUCCACUUACUCCGCUCAGUCAUCUUCCUGGGAGGGCUUGGAAAAGAAUCUUACAGAAAGACUGCAUGAUGCCCAGAGUCAGUUGGCAGUGGCUGUGGAGAGAGAGAGAACAGCUAGUGAGAAAGUACUUGAGCUCCAGUCUAAAGUUUCAGCCUUGGAAACACAGAAUGCCUCACUGAGACAGGAGAAGUCCAGGUUAAUGGCUCAACUUGAAAUGGAAAAAGCAAAAGUGGAAAUGCUUGAGGAUGCAAAGAGCAGUGAGAGUGUACAGUAUGAAGCAAUGAGGCAUAAUCUAGAAAAAGAACUUGCAGAAGUCAAAAAGGAAAAGAUCCUUGUGGAAAACCAACUUGAAAUGGAGAAGUUGAAAUUGGAAGCCGAGAAGAAAAAGCUACUCAUUGCUCAUGAUCAACUAAAUGAAAAGGAACUUCAGUUGGCCAGACAGAGUCCCAAGGCUCCAUCACCAGCACCUCAAUCAGCAUCCAGACAGCAGAGCUUCAGCAGUUCUGUGGGAGAGGCAUCAGGAUUGAUGCAGGAUGAUGUUCUGGAGAGAUCUCUUUACCUGGCAGCCGCUAAUGGCAAUAAGGUGUCUCUGUAUGAAAGCUUGCGUCAGUCAGGGGCUGCAAGUGUCCUGGAGAAUUUGCAAGCUCAGCUUAAACAGAAAGAUGGAGAGGUGAUGCACUUACAGGAUGAAAUUACACAGCUUGAAAGAACCAGAGAGGCCAUGGCAAGAGAAUUGGUUGAACUCUCUACCAGAAAUGAACAAUUAGAGGAAGAGGUGAAGGAAUUGCCAGAGAUCCGGCAGAAAUUCACGGACUUGGACCAGCGCUACAAUGCACUGCUACAAAUGUAUGGUGAAAAAGUGGAAGAGGCAGAUGAACUGAGAUUGGACUUGCAUGAUGUAAAGGACUUGUACAAAACACAGAUUGAUCUGCUUUUUAUGAACCAAUCAUCUUAAACAAAGUCUGAAGAGCGACCUGUGAUAUGUAACAGAGCCCUGUCUGCAUGAUGUGAUUAAGUGCAAUACCUGUCAGCAGAUAAAGCAUGAAGACUGUACUGAAAUGUGCAUCACUUGUGUGGGAAUAAUUAGCGUAAAUGCUUUUGCAUGCAUCCAUAAAAGGUCUGCUAAGUAAAAACAAACUACAUUUUUUUUAUUAUAGGUUAUUUCUUUCCAAUUUUAAAUUGAUUUCCUCCGUUUUCAAGCAUUGGUGUUGUGUUACCUCGAGGAGGUGUAAAUGAGGUGUGCGGGCUCUUAUGUGGGCAUUGGGGAAUGCUGUCCAUUUAAGAAUAACAUUUGAGCUGGGUAAAUUAGAGAAACUUAAUAACCAAUGUGAUGUUAACUUGUGAUGGUGUAAAUGAUGGGAUUUUGUGUCAGUGGGAAUAAAGGAUUUAAAAAAUA